AAAACGUGACCAAGAGAGGUACGUUUACGCUACGUACACUCCGUUGACAGGACAGCGCGCCAAAUUUAGUAAACAAAGCAAGUGAAGCUUUCAACCAGUUAUCCACCAUUUUGAUAAAGAUUUCAAGUUGACAGAUAGGGAUGUGGCUACUCGACCAGUGUCAAGCACUGUUCAACACCUCCAGCCUCUAUGGGGUGCUGGGCGUCUCCAAGGAGGCGACAGACGCAGAGAUCCGACACAGCUACUACAAGGUGUCGCUCAGGGUUCACCCAGAUCGUGCUCCUGAAGACCUGCAGGCAACAGAGAAAUUUCAGGUGCUUGGGAAGUUAUAUGCAGUGUUGAGUGACAAGGAGCAGAGGGCAGUGUAUGAUGAGCAGAAACUUGUGGCUGAGGAAUCUGACUCACUGCAGCAGGACCAAUGCUGGGAGGAGUACUGGAGGUUGCUGUUCCCUAAGAUCACAUUGGAGGACAUCCAGGAGUUUGAGAGGAAGUACAAAGGCACGGAGGAGGAGAGGCAGGAUGUGAUGCAGAUUUACCUGCAGCACCAGGGGGACAUGGACGCCAUCAUGGCCUCAGCCCUGUGCUGCUCUCAGGAGGACGAGCCCAGGAUCACAGCCCUUAUACAGACAGCCAUCCAGGCAGGGGAGCUCACGGCCUACCCUGCAUUCACCCAGGAGAGCACCAGGAAGAAGAAAACACGCAAACAGAAGGCUGAUGAAGAAAGACAAGAAGCUGAGGAGAUGCAGAGAGAGAUGGGACUCAAUGAUGCUGAUGACAGUCUUGUACUGAUGUUAAAGCAAAAGCAGAAUUCCAGAGAGCAGAAUUUUAACUCUUUCCUGUCUGACCUGGAAGCCAAAUACUCCAAGGGAGGAAAAGCCAAAGCAGGAGGGAAAGGAAAAAAGUGAAGACUUCAAACCCUUGAAGUUAAGACAAGGUAGACGUGUGUAAUUUUGAGUAAUGUACCUUAAUCAUUACAAGACUGUCAUCAGCAUCACCCAGUACCAUCUUCCAGGUCAAAUUUUUAUCAAAACUUGACACCUGCAUGCCCCCUAGUCACACAUCUAUCACGUAUUUCUAUACAAAUUAUCUUCCUGAUCUAAGCUCCGCUAGCACCUCUGCUGAAAGUAGAAUAUGGCUUCUACUGCAGUGAGGUGAAUUGUCCCAGUACUUAAACAGCCCCUCUAUUCCCUCGAAAGUCUCCUGUGGCUUACACUAAGCCCUCAUCACGUUAAGGUUUGUUAGGAAAACAUCUAAUACCUACCUUUUAGUUGGCGUCUCUCUAAGGCUUGUCUUUUCUCUUCCUGUUAAGGUAUGCUAUGUGAAACCCCAAAGUUUUGUGCUUGUCUUUUUUACAUGGGAAAAUAAAAGUCAUGUCCUUAUAAAAGUACAAAGCAGCCAGUCGAAGCAUGUCAGUGUUCAAAAGGCUUUUGUUCCUCCCUGUAUAGUUGGACUUGCCAUUCGGGUCAUCCUACGAAAAUUGUCUUUCCUGUCCCCUGCCUUAACCACCAGGAAAAACACUUAUGUUAGAUAAUGACAUGUUGUUUUAAUUUAAGUGUUUUGUUAAUAAAACAUAUGUAAAACAGAUAUUGCAAACUAUUUAUAUAUAGUGCGUUCGGAAAGUAUUCAGACCCCUUGAUUUUUUCCCCACAGUUUUACUUUACAGCCUUAUUCUAAAAUGUAUUAAAAAACAUGUUUUUCC